AAGGCGGACAGUGGCGGCCCGUAUGAUAACACAGCCGCAGAUGUCAUCACUGAUUUUGUAUACAAGGCUCGACAGUACGUCAUCGCUCUGGUGCGUAUGCCACGCUUAUGGCAGGCUAUGGGCGGCCGACGUUCCAGAAAUGAGAUGCGUCACACGUGAAAACCGCUCUUUGAGCGGUUCCGCGGUCCGCGGGUGAAAUGCGGAGAUUUCAGCGUCCGGGUCAUAAGUAGUGGAGUGUACAGACUCGCACCUCUUCAUUUUCCACGAUGACGAGGCCGCCCGUUCGCAUAGCUGGCGGCUCUGGAUCUACUGUGGAUCGCCGCUCCGGGUUCGCUAAGAUUGCCGCCGCGUUCCCGAAUGACCCGGUGGACGUGAUCAUUGGCGACUUCAUGUCGGAGGGGAAUAUGACGACGAUGGCGGCCAAGAGGGCGGGGGGCACGGAGGAAGUGGCGUACGAUGCAGGCUUUCUGGAGAGCUUGGAACUCGCGCUGGAGGAUGUAGCCAAGUAUCGCAUCAAGAUUGUCGUGAAUGCUGGGGGAUCCGAUACGUGUGGACUCCAUCGGGACGUGACCGAGCUUCUAAGAAGACGGGGCGUUUCUCUGAAUGUCGCGUGGAUAUCAGGAGACGACGUGCUUGCCACCAUGCUUGAUCGCGAUCCGGAGACAUUCUCGAAUGUGCACACGGAUCAGUCACUCGCUGCUUGGCCGUUCAAGCCGAUCGCCGCUCAAGCCUACCUCGGCGGUCUGGGCAUAGCUGCUGCCCUGACAUAUGGGGCGGAUAUCGUUUUGUGCGGCCGGGUGUCGGACGCUUCGUUGGUCAUUGGCGCCGCAGCAUGGUACCACGGCUGGCUCCGCAAUGGUCUGCCCCAGAUAUCCAAGGCGCUCGUUGCGGGACAUCUCAUCGAAUGCUCGACCUACGUCACGGGAGGCAACUUCAGCGGGUUCAGAGAACUCGAGCACCGCGACAAGUGGCUCGAUCUGGGCUACCCUAUUGCCGAAAUUGGCGCAGAGGGCGAGGUCGUGAUCACCAAACAGAGAGGAACAGGCGGCAUGGUCACUGUUGAGACUUGCACGGCCCAGCUUCUGUACGAGAUCCAAGGACCUUGGUAUUUCAACUCUGAUGUCACCGCGAUAUUGAGCGAUAUUUCUUUCACUCAAAUCGGGGUAGACCGCGUCUCUGUGAGCGGCAUCAAAUGGGCACCGCCGCCACGCACGACAAAAGUCGGCAUCACUGGGCUCGGGGGCUACCAGGCGGAAAUGCUCUUUUAUCUCGUUGGGCUCGAUAUCCCAGCGAAAGCCCGCCUAAUGGAGAAACAAGUUCGUUACGAACUUCGGGAACAGAUCGAACAACUCAGCUCUAUCCAAUUCCAACUGCUCGGCUCUUCUGAACCGAAUGCACGAACGCAGAAUAUGGCGACUGUCACCCUGCGCAUUGUGGCACAGGCCCAGGAUGCCGAAGCUCUAGGCCCGCUGAAAUUCGCGCGUCCUUUGAUGGAUCUGAUCAUGUCGUCUUACCCCGGUGGAACUUGUAAUCUGGACAUCCGCCCCGCCCUCCCUCGACCUGUCUACGAAUAUUUCGUGACUUCGCUUGAUCAGCACGAGAUCCGACACAGAGCACACCUGAAUGACGGCAAGACGGUUGAUCUUCCGCCGCCGAUUGUGACUUGGCAAUUCCCAAGACAGCAGCCCUCCCAUCCAGAGUCCAAACUGGCCGGACUCUACUUCGGGCCCACAGUCCGCGUGCCGCUGGGCCUCGUCGCCAAUGCCCGUUCGGGAGACAAGGGAUCCGAUGCCAAUGUCGGUAUCUUUGUCAGCGAUGACGAGCAGUGGGAAUGGCUGAGAAGGUUUCUCGACGUUGAGCGCAUGAAGGAGCUGCUGGCGAGCGAAUACACUGGUGAUAAAAUUUUGCCGAACAUCCGAGCCGUUCAUUUCUUGCUUCACAAUCACCUCGACCGGGGCGUUAGCUGCACGAUGAGCGUCGACUGCCUCGGCAAGAAUGUCGCCGAGUUUCUGCGGUCAAGAUAUGUUGAAAUUCCGAAAAAGUUUCUUUUGGACGCUGAAGCGAAGCUCUGACCUGGAGGCGUGUUCGCGGUUUUCUUUGGGAUGUAAGUAUCAAUAUGUACAGCAGAUGAAUGGUUCAAUAACACAGAUUGGUACUGAAUUAUAUAAUUUAUUUCACCUCCAACAGGUUCGGAUCAACUUCGGAUCGGGCUGAACCCCGGUCGUGGUUAUUGACCGUCCGCGCUCACCUCAGUCUUCAGCAUGGCCAGUCUCCACAAAGAUGCAGCGAUCGUUGAGCAAGCCAGGACUCUCGAAAACACGCCCUGGUGCGACGACUAUGAGAAAAUGAUAUCAGGCGUCUUAUAUAACUCCAUAGCCCCGGAGCUCGUCGCCGGGCGCUUUCGCGCGCGCCAGCUCAUGCACAAGUACAAUCACCACUUCCCCGAUGACGCGACACCCGAUUCGCUCGUCGCUGACCGGGAAGCUGUGCUGAAGGAGAUGUUUGGGAAGGUCGGGAAGGGCGUGUUCAUCGAGCCGCCGCUGAACGUCGACUACGGCUGCAAUAUCUCCGUAGGAGAGGGCUUCUACUCCAAUUUCAACCUAGUGAUUCUCGACUGCAGCAUGGUCACCAUUGGCGAUCGCGUCCUCUUCGGCCCGUUCGUCUCCAUCUUCUCGGCCACGCACGAAACCGACGUGCAGUCGCGGCGCCGCGGCGAGGAAUACGCGCGGCCCGUGUCGAUUGGCGACGACUGCUGGAUCGGCGGCAACGUGACCAUCAUGCCUGGCGUCAGCAUCGGGAAGGGAUGCACUGUCGGUGCGGGGAGUGUGGUGACUCGCAAUAUCCCCGCCUUUUCUGUGGCUGUCGGGUCGCCUGCGAGGGUGAUAAAGCAGAUUCAAGCAGUCGAGGACCUGGAAUAGGUAGUCAUGGACAAUCUGCCUAUCGCGCCUUUUUCGUCCUUUGAUCAAGUCCAGAACCUGGAGUCGACGUAUGACUCAUGAGCAGAAUCCAGCAGACACGGGGGCACUUGAUUGUAACUGCAUCCAGAUGGCCAGAUGGGAUGGACAAGCGCUUUUUUGUUCGUGGACAUCAGCGCUGCGGCCUUUUUUCACCAGCUAGAAACGCACUGAAGCGAUUGGAAACACUGGUCCCGACUUGGGCCAGAGCUGCCAGUGACGUACAUGGAAGACAGCAUGCAGACUUCUCAAUGAACGAAAGAAGCCCAAUGUGAGGUCUCUUUGAGCUUCGCCAACAUCGUCAGUGGCGCCGUUGCACUCGGACGAGACUUGCUGUCGUAUUGCUGCUCUUCAUCAAACCUGACUUGGGCUAUCUACGGCCUUGCCGCUCGACCUGAACGGGUCCUACUUGACCGCGGGCUGCACUGGGUCACAGUCCGACUCUAGCCAGGACCUGAACUCAAGUUGAAAGCGUCGCAGCUGCCAGAAAUCCCGACUGCACCGGCCUCGCCUGUCUAUCUGAAUUCGACGUUAAGGACGAUUUCUUAACUGCACGCUAAACUGCGCAUCACCUCGAAGGCAAUGUUCACCUAGAGGGAAGGGCCAGACGCCCCUUACGACUGGGAUCCAACUCGUGGCCCCCGAUUGCGACGGAAGUGGGUUGUGCGGUUUCUGUAUUUAAGAUCCUCGGUCGCACGGGACGAUACAUAUGGCCAUCCACUCCAAGUUCGACGGCUCAGUCGUGAUCGUAGGAUUCGGUUCUAUCGGCCGCGGAUUUCUCCCGUUGCUUAACCGCCAUGUUGCGCUGGACAAGAGCAAAGUUACCGUCAUCGAUCCCGACGACUCUGGCCGCCAUCUCGUCACCGAGCGUGGCAUGCGCUUCGUUCAGCUGGCCGUGACACAGGAGAACUAUCUGGACGUGCUCACUCCACUCGUCUCAAACGGCGGCCUUCUCAUCCAUCUCUCGGUCGAUGUCUCGUCCGUAGCACUCAUGGAGAUGUGCAAGGACAUCAACGCGCUGUAUAUCGACACUGUCAUCGAACCUUGGCCCGGCUUCUACUACGAUCCAGACCUUUCGAUGUCCGAGCGGUCGAACUACGCUCUUCGAGAGACACUGAUCGACCUUCGUUCUCGCCGGCCAGGUGGUCCGACAGCUGUCUCCGCCUGUGGAGCUAACCCGGGGAUGGUUUCUUGGCUUGUGAAGCAAGCACUGGUUGAUAUCGCUCGUGACACUGGACACCCCGCCGCGCAGCCGACGACGCGGGAGGGAUGGGCGGAACUGGCCAUGAGUCUAGGUGUCAAGGGGAUCCACAUCGCAGAGCGGGACACCCAGCAGCCGAAGACGCCGAAGGAAAUGGGGGUGUUCACUAACACCUGGUCGGUGGAAGGCUUCCUUUCCGAGGCGUUGCAGCCAGCCGAACUUGCCUGGGGAACCCACGAGAAGCGCCUGCCGCACAACGGACACAUGCACGACAUCGGUGGCAGCGCACCGGAUCUAGCUAUCUACCUUGCCCAGCCUGGGGCAUCCACCCGGAUCCGCAGCUGGACACCCACCUCCGGGCCGCAGGUUGCGUUCCUGCAGACGCAUACGGAGGCGUUGAGCAUUUCCGACUACCUCACUGUUCGGGAGCCAGGAGUCUUGUAUCGCCCGACGUGUCAUUACGCGUACCACCCGGCGGAGUGUGCGGUCUUGAGCUUGAAUGAGCUUGCCGGCCGAGCCUGGAAGCCGCAAUCAAAGUCUCAUAUCCUCGGUCCCGACGACAUCCUCCCUGGGGGUGUCGACUCCCUCGGAGUUCUGCUCUACGGCCACGCUCUCAACGCGUACUGGUUCGGGAGCACGCUGUCCAUUGACGAGGCGAAACAGCUUGUGCCGAAUCAAAACGCGACCGGACUGCAAGUGAGCAGUGCUGUGCUCGCGGGGAUCGUCUGGAUGCUCGAGAAUCCGGAGAUGGGGAUUGUUGAAGCGGACGACAUGGACUUCCAGCGGUGCCUGGAGGUACAGCGAGAGUAUUUGGGUAUUUUGCAUGGCGCGUACACUGAUUGGACGCCGCUGGCAGGCAGAGGAGACGAUGCGCUGUGGACCGGAGAGCCGGACAGAGAUGAUCCCUGGCAAUUUGAGAAUGUUCUUAUGUAGAUGUGGAUUUCGCACACACCCAUUGAAUGUGUUAUCGGGCCACUUUGCAUCAUGCUCAGCACACUGGCGGCGCGUAUCAUCCGAUCGAGGAUUCGAGCGCCGAACUACGAAGUACAUGGUAUGCUUCAAGUCAAGCCAUUGGGUUCUGCAACCUACAAUUGAAGGAGUCGAUUGUGGGACUAUAUGCUGUCUGCAGGAAUGUACUCACAAGGAUACCGGAGAAACACAUCCUCGCGAUAUUUCUCGGGCUGGACGGCACAUGACUCUGGAAGUACCAGAUUAGAUCAUGAUCAGCGGGAACCCAAACACCAUCUUCUGCUCGGUCUACGCCACCAAUUCGUGCGUUCGCUACUUCCACAGCCUUCUAAGUGACUCGUCCGCCCCCCGCAUCCGGUUCCUCUGCUGUGCAUUGGAGAUUUGCUGUAAAUCAGCCCGUAUCCCUCCGCGCAACCUUGCCUCAAAACAUACAUCGGAACAGAUGCGGUAGCGCAUACUGCUACUGCACUGCCCUCAGAUAAAAAGAGAGGGAGGCAUCUCAUCCCCCCUCUCUUUUCAUCGAUACAGUCCCUCUACAGCAUGCCACCGACUCCCUCUCGACGCCCCUCCUACCCCAUGCAAAGCCUCGCUGGCGCGAGUGCCGUGGCCAUGGCACAGCCUGUCCACGCACUUGGACAGCUCGAAGGUGACCCCCCGACCGUCCCGUCGCCUCCCUCUCCGCCCUCCACCGGGAAGAAAUGGGGCAUGAUCAUCGCCAUUCGUGAUUCUGCAUCGCUCGAAAUCCCCUCCGACGUCAUGGCCUUGCGGCCCGGUGAAGCACCGGUCGUGGCUGAGAAGUAUCCUCCGCUACCUGGCAUCCAUGAGGACGCGGAGAAGCUUUAUGACGUCCUCACAACUGUACACGGAUACCCACCCGAAAACAUCAUCCGCUUGAUGGACGACGGAAAAGCAGGGUCUAUCGUCCCCACGCACAACAAUGUUUUGCGCGAAAUCCGGGCUCUGGGCACGCGAGUACGAUCUGGGGACCGUGUCUGUUUCUUCUACGCAGGCCACACUGCUCAGACUUACAAUGCGCGUGGGACUGAAGAAGACGACAUGGAUGAAGUCUUGAUCACCCGUGAUGGAAGGAUGAUAAUCGAUAAUAUUUUGAAUCGUUAUCUGGUGGUCCCGCUGCCGAAAGACUCUUUUCUGGUGGCGAUCUUGGACUCAUGUCACUCCGGCACUUUGUUAGAUAUCGAACACACACAUUGUAAUGCAAAUCCUGGGUCAAACCAGGAGCCGAAAUCAACUUCCGCCACUAUUAACCGGAGUGCUCUUCGACGUAGAACAUCCGAGGUCACUGUCGUUUCCCCGAGCCGGCAGAUGUCUUUGGACAAGGAGAACAUUCCCGUCACACAUUCGAUCGACCCCGCGCACUGGGAACCUCUGCCGAGAUGCGGCAGUCCCUUGUCGGCUUUGUCCUACCCGGGAUGCGACGGAGCUUGUCGCAGCAGAGUUCAGCGUGGCAUCUCUGUCAUGGGCCACAAACGACCUAUCGCCGCGAAUGUCCUUUGUAUCUCGUCUUGCGAAGAUUCGCAGCUGACUUCGUACUCGGAGGGCACUCAGGUGUCGAUGGCCCGCUGCAUCAUCGAUCUUGUAGCAUCGAGCCAGGAUAUCAGCGUCGGCGAGGUCGCGGAUGCAGUUGCUCGAGCUCUGGACAAGGAGCGGGCCGCUGUUUGGGAAAGACAUCAACAACGAUGGGAUGAAUUCAAUUCUAACGGAGGUGCCCGAAUCAGAGCGCAACUCGAGGCGAAUGCUCCCAAACGCUCCCAAACGCUCCCGGGAAACAUGCCCACCGACCAAUACUUCGAGCAUCUCACAGCCAAGGAGUCUGAUCCCCGCACGCCCGCCCGUCGACAGUAUCGCAAACUGAGGACUCUCGCUGAUGCGCUGCGAGAAUGGGUCCAGUGCCACGCGCCAUUCAAGCACGAACUCGGGUGUCGCACCAGUCCCGAAUCGACAGGAAAGCCCAGUCCGCGGCCGAGACCGGGAGCCGAGUUUCGUGGGAUUGCCUCCAGCAGGACACAUCCUGUGCCCAAGGAACGCCGCUUGUUCUCGAAGUUUGUCGAGCGGGCAGCGCGGCUCGCUGAACUCCAGCCUCGGCCUAAGCGUCCUUCGCCGCCUUCCAACAUGGUUCUCUCCAGCAAAUGGCCACUGAAUCUGCAAGAGUCCUUGCGCACUUGGUUCAGUGGCCCGAAGCAUUCAAUGGCUGUAGCUUGUCCUCACUUCUGCCAUCCUUCCGAGCCGCAUUCGUGAUCACGUUUUCGAAUCUUCUAUGCUAUGUGCUCUACGUCCGUUUCAUGUAUCUGCUGUUUUGCGUUGUCGUUAUUGUUAUAGUACCGUUUUGUGCUGUUCUGUCCAUACGCUCUCGUUGUUUUGCUUGCUGUUCUACGCGAUGUUAUCCUAGUUUAUCCAUGUGCUGUCUUGCUUGUUGAUACUGUAUAUUAUGGCCCUUGUAUCCGCAUAUGCUCGGG